ACUCUAAUGCUCAUUUUUACCUUGAUUUACUUUCGACUUGAAUGUGCCCACUUUAUUGUGAUGAUUUGAUUUUUUAACCGUAAAAAUACUCAGAACUUAUCACAUAUUGUAAUUUAUUAAAAUACAAUGGCUGACGAAGAAAUAAACGGAGAUACAGAUGAUAUUCAGCACGACAAAGACAAGACCCAAAAGAAGACUGCGAAACAUGAUAGUGGAGUUGCAGACCUAGAAAAAGUAACGGAUUAUGCCGAAGAAAAAGAAAUUUCAUCACAGGAUAUAUCUGGCGCUCUAUCUUUAAUUGGCGACCGGAGAAACAAGGAGGCAGCGGAACGUCUUGAAAAAGAGAAAGAACUACAAAAAGUGUCAGUUAAAAAGGAUGACAUAGAAUUAAUUGUAAAGGAAAUGGAAAUCUCCCGGACACUAGCAGAGAGAACAUUACGAGAGCACAGAGGUGAUGUGGUAGCGGCUUUAACAACACUUACAAACUAGUGCCACUAUAGAAAAACUUCUGAAAACCAAAACAAGUCUUUUACCAUGUUCGAUAACUGUUAUUGAAUGAAAAUAGACUUUUCUAUCUUGC